AACUUGCAUCUUGUUUCCCGGAGUAUACGCCAUCCCUCCUAUCCAGGUUCCAGAUGUCAGAGGCCUCCCUUGAGGAUAUCCAUUCAGCUGUUCUCUUCCCUGAGUCGUCUUCCCCUGCGCAAAACAAAACUUUUAAAUGUCAAAUAUGGAUACCAGUUCCACAGAAACUUUUGGCUAGCUAGGCUAGCAUCAAGGCUACUCAAAAUUCGCUAUCUUAUAUUGGGAUCUGCUGUAGGUGGUGGUUAUACAGCUAAGAAGACAUAUGAUCAGUGGAAGGAGAUGUUGCCAGACCUCGAUGAAUAUAAGUGGAUUGUUCCUGACUUCAUUUGGGAGCUUGAUGAACAUAUUGACUUCGGUUACAAUUUGGUUAGUGAAGUCAUAGGAGCUUCUGAUCUACUUCUGUUGUUAGGUUCCCCAGGAGAAACAGCAUUCAGAGCUACUGACCAGGGAUAUGACAACGACAAACAGUACAAGAAGGGCCUGCUUGGUGAACUCAUUCUGUUACAACAACAAAUCCAGCAGCAUGAAGAGGAAGCACGCAGAGCCGCUGACCAAUAUAACAUGGGCUCUUCCCAGCAGAAGCGAAAGGUUUCUGACAAAGAGAAGAUUGAUCAACUUCAGGAAGAACUUUUACGCACUCAGCUCAAAUACCAAAGAAUGCUUGAACGAUUAGAGAAGGAAAACAAAGAAUUAAGAAAAUUGGUACUGCAAAGAGAUGACAAAGGGAUUCAUCAAAGGAAGUUAAAGAAAUCCUUGAUCGAUAUGUAUUCUGAAGUACUCGACAUCCUGUCUGAUUAUGAUGCCAGUUAUAACACUCAAGAUCACCUACCUCGAGUGGUGGUGGUUGGAGAUCAGAGUGCAGGAAAAACCAGCGUGUUAGAAAUGAUCGCCCAGGCCCGCAUAUUCCCGCGAGGCUCCGGGGAGAUGAUGACACGUUCUCCUGUUAAGGUAACACUUAGUGAAGGUCCCCACCAUGUGGCUUUAUUCAAAGACAGCUCUCGGGAGUUUGAUCUGACCAAGGAAGAAGAUCUUGCAGCUUUGAGAAAUGAAAUAGAAAUCAGAAUGAGAAAUAGUGUGAAGGAAGGGUGCACUGUUAGCACUGAGACCAUCUCCUUAAGUGUGAAAGGGCCUGGUUUGCAAAGAAUGGUAUUGGUUGAUUUACCCGGAGUCAUUAGUACUGUGACAUCAGGUAUGGCUCCAGAUACGAAGGAAACUAUCUUUAGCAUCAGCAAGGCCUACAUGCAGAAUCCUAAUGCCAUCAUCCUUUGUAUUCAAGAUGGAUCAGUAGAUGCAGAACGCAGUAUUGUCACAGACUUAGUCAGCCAAAUGGAUCCCCAAGGGAAAAGGACAAUUUUUGUCUUAACUAAAGUUGAUCUUGCUGAGAAAAAUGUGGCUAGCCCAAGCAGGAUCCAGCAAAUAAUUGAAGGCAAACUCUUCCCAAUGAAAGCUUUGGGUUAUUUUGCAGUUGUUACUGGAAAAGGAAACAGCAGUGAAAGCAUUGAAUCUAUUAAAGAAUAUGAAGAGGAAUUUUUUCAAAACUCAAAGCUGUUAAAGACUUGUAUGCUGAAGGCACACCAGGUCACAACAAAGAACUUAAGUCUUGCUGUGUCAGAUUGCUUUUGGAAAAUGGUGAGAGAGUCUGUGGAACAGCAAGCAGAUGCUUUUAAAGCCACACGCUUCAAUCUUGAGACUGAAUGGAAGAAUAAUUACCCCAGGCUGCGAGAGCUUGACAGAAAUGAACUGUUUGAAAAAGCAAAGAAUGAGAUUCUUGAUGAAGUGAUAAGUUUGACUCAAGUCACACCAAAGCACUGGGAGGAGAUUCUUCAGAAAACUUUAUGGGAAAGGGUAUCUACUCAUGUGAUUGAGAAUAUAUACCUUCCAGCAGCACAGACUAUGAACUCGGGGACAUUUAACACCACUGUGGACAUCAAACUGAAGCAGUGGACUGACAAGCAACUGCCUAAUAAAGCAGUAGAGGUGGCAUGGGAGACUUUGCAAGAAGAAUUUUCCCGUUUCAUGACAGAACAAAAAGGAAAAGAGCAUGAUGAUAUCUUUGAUAAACUGAAACAAGCUGUCAAAGAAGAAAGCAUUAAACGGCAUAAAUGGAAUGAAAGAGCAGAGGAUAGCCUGCGAGUGAUCCAGCACAAUGCCUUAGAAGAUCGGUCCAUAUCUGAUAAGCAGCAGUGGGAUGCAGCUAUUCACUUCAUGGAAGAGACGCUCCAAAGUCGUCUCAAGGACACUGAAUCUGUUAUUGAAGAUAUGGUGGGUCCAGACUGGAAAAAAAGAUGGCUAUACUGGAUAGGCCGCACCAAAGAACAGAAUAUUCGUAAUGAAACAAAAAAUGAACUUGAGAAAUUAAUCAAAUGCAAUGAGGAACAUGCAGCUUAUCUGGCAAAUGACGAAGUGACGACUGUGAGAAAGAAUCUUGAAGCAAGAGGAAUAACAGUGGACCCAUGUCUGAUUAAAGAUACAUGGCAUCAAAUAUACAGAAGAUACUUCCUGAAGACUGCUUUGAACCACUGCAAUCUCUGUCGAAGAGGCUUCUAUUAUUAUCAGAGACAUUUUGUUGACUCAGAGCUGGAAUGUAAUGAUAUCGUCCUCUUCUGGAGAAUACAGCGGAUGUUGGCAAUUACAGCCAAUACACUGAGGCAGCAGCUCACCAACACUGAAGUAAGACGCUUGGAGAAGAAUGUAAAGGAGGUGCUUGAAGAUUUUGCUGAGGACAAUGAAAAAAAGGUGAAACUCCUAACUGGUAAGAGGGUCCAGCUUGCAGAGGAUCUCAAAAAAGUUCGGGAAAUACAGGAAAAACUUGAAGCCUUCAUAGAAGCCCUCCAUCAAGAAAAGUAGAUUGUUAAGCAGCAACUUUACACAAGAAUGCAGCCUUUUCCAGGAUACUUUGCACAAAGACAAAUGAAUAGAUGCAGCUUUUGUGUCCCAUUCUCUUUCCUGUCUUUUGGAGAGCAUCCUGAAAUGUUGGAGAAGAAAAUAAUGUCUCAUGGGAUUGAAAAGUUCAGUUAAAAGCCACCUGCUCCUUAAAUUUUUGAAGCUACGUGCACAUGACAGAAGAAUCUGACUUGUGUUUCAAUGAGAUAGCUUGCUAAAGUUGUACAUUUAAGGUUUAUUUUCCUCCUGAAAGGAAAAGCUCUACCUUGCAUGGUAGAGCUGGAUCAGAUUCAUAAAAUGAUUUUAUCUGUUGUCAUUUUCUUGCCUGCAAGUGAUCCUGGGAGUUUGACAUAAAGUUUUAGUAUUCAUUUGUACAUUAAACCACCCUUCUAAGUAAUGCUGUUUGUAUUUGUUAUGCUCUGUGUUGAAACAUUCUG